UACACCCUCCCUCACCACACACACAGUUACACACACUCUCAUUCAAUCUCUCUACACACACUCUUCGGCGAUCAAAUGGCGGCUCUGCAACAAUCUCCGAUCACAAUUCAAUGCCGAUCGCAGUCAUCGCCUCAAUUCACGCCUCCAAAAGCACGCACUCUCUCCUUCUCGGGCGGCCUCCGCAUCCCCAAACUCACUCUCGUCGUCAAAUCUCGCCGUCGCGGCGGCGCUAGAAUGUCCGACAGCGUCGCCAGCAGCUACGCCACCGCGCUCGCCGACGUCGCCAAGUCAAACGGAACUCUCGAAGCCACCGCCGGCGACCUCGAAAAGAUCAGCGACCUCUUCUCCGAAGAAGCAGUCUACAGGUACUUCACAAACCCUACCGUUACAGUCGAAGCGAAGAACGAAUUAGUCGAUUCGUACACGAAGGAAGCGAAUCUGCAGCCGCACGUCGCGAAUUUUCUGAAUGUGUUGAUUGAUAUGAAGCGAAUUGAUCAGAUUAAGGCGAUUACGGAGGAGUUUGAGAUCGUCUACAACAAGAUGACGGAGACGGAGCUUGCGAUUGUAACGUCGGUUGUGAAAUUGGAUGCGCAGCAUUUGGCGCAGAUUGCAAAAGGAGUGCAGAAGCUCACUGGAGCGAAGAAUGUGAGGAUCAAAACAUCGCUUAAUGAAUCGCUGGUGGCUGGAUUUACGAUACGGUACGGGAAUGGAGGUUCGAAAUUGAUCGAUAUGAGUGUGAAGAAACAGUUGGAGGAGAUUGCGGAGACGCUUGAGGUCGGUGAUCUUCAAUUAGUUUGAUGAUUAUUGAUUGAAUUGGAGGAAGCUUUUUAAUUUUGAUAUGUUAUAGUAUAUGUGUAAUGUGUGUGUUCUGUAUGAUUUGCCGUUGCGCAAAUGUACAACGGAUGAGAUUUUUUUUGUAGAUGUUUAAGAUCAUUGGAGAAUGAUAUAUAAUAGUAGUUUCAAUGUC